GACCCGACCCGCAUCGCAGGAAGAGCCGUCUCGUGCUGUCCACGGAGCCGGCCGCGUCAGUGACGCCCUCGAGUCCGCGGCGAGCACCAUGCAGCUCCUGGUGAGGGUGCCGUCUCUUCCGGAGCGAGGCGAGCUGGACUGCAACAUCUGCUACCGUCCCUUUAACCUCCGGGGCCGGGUGCCCCGCCGUCUGCCCGGGACGGCGCGCGCCCACUGUGGCCACACACACUGCACCGCCUGCCUGCGCGAGCUGGCGGCGCGCGGCGACGGCAGCGGGGCGGCCGCGCGCGUGGUGCGCCUGCGCCGCGUGGUCACGUGCCCUUUCUGCCGUGCGCCCACCCCGCUCCCGCGCGGCGGGGUCACGGAGGUCGCUGUCGACCCGGACUUGUGGUCUCUGUUGGAGGAAAAAGCGCGGGCCAAGUGCGAGCCAGAGAAGACAGGUGGCUCGGUCAGGGAAAGCGGCGACGCCGACCGAGAGGCCGACGACGAGGAAGAGAGCGAGAAGGGGACGAAACCUAGGAGCAGGGGCUGGCGCGUGCUCCGGCGACUCUGGGACAGGGUGCUGGCGCCCGCGCGCCGCUGGCGGCGCCCACUGCCUAGCAACGUGCUGUACUGUCCAGAGAUCAAGGACUUCGCCCACACGACCCGCUGCACGCUGUAACCGCGGAACCCGGAAGCUACGGCGUAAGGAAGGUGGGAGCUGCAUUCUCGUGUUGUGCUGUAGUAAAGGGGGUUGAUGCCGAGGCUUCCCCCUCUCUCAUCCCGGGAUUGGCACUGAUGAACGAGUUGAGCCGAGGGCAGGAGGGA